AUGGCGGUGGUGUCAGGCCUGGUGAGGAGGCCGCUCCAGCAGGUAUCUGGGUUGCUGAGGAGGCGAUUCCACCGGUCGGCGCCGGCGGGAUUGCAGGUGACAGUCCGUGAUGCUAUAAAUCAGGGGAUGGAUGAGGAAAUGGAAAGAGAUGAAAAGGUUUUUCUGCUCGGGGAGGAAGUUGCCCAAUAUGACGGAGCAUACAAGGUUAGUCGAGGCCUUUGGAAGAAAUACGGAGACAAGCGGAUCAUAGACACCCCUAUAUCUGAGAUGGGCUUCACUGGAAUUGCUGUUGGUGCAGCUAUGGCUGGGUUGCGGCCCAUUUGUGAAUUUAUGACCUUCAAUUUCUCUAUGCAAGCCAUUGACCAGGUUAUAAACUCUGCUGCCAAGACUUACUACAUGUCCGGGGGUCUUCAGUCUGUGCCUAUAGUCUUCAGGGGGCCCAAUGGUGCUUCGGCAGGCGUGGCUGCCCAGCACUCACAGUGCUUUGCAGCCUGGUAUGGGCAUUGCCCAGGCUUAAAAGUGGUCAGCCCCUGGAAUUCAGAGGACGCAAAAGGACUUGUUAAAUCAGCCAUUCGGGAUAACAAUCCAGUUGUAAUGUUAGAGAAUGAAUUGAUGUAUGGUGUUCCAUUUGAAUUCCCUGAGGCAGCUCAGUCAAAAGAUUUUCUGAUACCUAUUGGAAAAGCCAAAGUAGAAAGGCCAGGAACUCAUGUAACCGUGGUUUCCCAUUCAAGACCUGUUGGCCAUUGCUUAGAAGCUGCAACAGUGCUGUCUACAGAGGGGAUUGAAUGUGAGGUCAUAAAUUUGCGUACCAUCAGACCCAUGGACAUUGAAACCAUUGAAGCCAGUGUCAUCAAGACAAACCAUCUUGUAACUGUGGAAGGAGGCUGGCCACAGUUUGGAGUAGGAGCUGAAAUUUGUGCCAGGAUCAUGGAAGGACCUGCAUUCAAUUACCUGGAUGCGCCUGCAGUCCGUGUCACUGGUGCUGAUGUCCCUAUGCCUUACGCAAAGAUUCUAGAAGACAACUCCGUACCUCAGGUCAAAGACAUCAUAUUUGCAAUAAAGAAGACAUUAAACAUCUAG